CCAAGACAAGACCCGGCGCGCAUGCGCCUGUCAGUUGUCCUGCCUUGGCUGCUCCUGCGUCCUCGGUCUCCUCAGCUUCCGCCUGGCAGCCUGAGCGUUCGCAGGUGAAGAGAUGGCGUUUGUGAAGAGUGGAUGGUUGCUGCGACAGAGUACAAUUUUGAAACGCUGGAAGAAGAAUUGGUUUGACCUGUGGUCAGAUGGCCACCUAAUCUAUUAUGAUGACCAGACUCGGCAGAGUAUUGAGGAUAAAGUCCAUAUGCCGGUGGACUGCAUCAAUCUUCGCAUAGGACAUGAGUGUCGAGACAUUCAACCUCCAGAUGGGAAGCCAAAAGACUGUCUGCUGCAGAUUGUCUGCCGAGAUGGGAAAACUGUUAGUCUCUGUGCUGAAAGCACAGAUGACUGUUUGGCCUGGAAAUUUACACUGCUGGAUUCCAGAACAAACACUGUUUAUGUUGGCUCAGCGGUCCUGUCUGAUGAGACUGCGGUGGCUUCCUCGCCCCCUCCAUACAUGGCCUACGCUGCCCCGACUGCUGAGCAGAUGUAUGGCUACGGUCCCUACAGUGGUGCCUACUCCACAGGAACUCAAGUUGUCUAUGCUGCAAAUGGGCAGGCCUAUGCUGUGCCCUACCAGUACCCAUAUGCAGGUGUUUAUGGACAGCAGCCUGCCAACCAAGUCAUCAUUCGUGAGCGGUAUCGAGACAGUGACAGUGACCUGGCACUAGGCAUGCUGGCUGGAGCUGCUACAGGCAUGGCUUUAGGCUCUCUGUUUUGGGUCUUCUAGAGUCUUCAAGAUCUAGAAUGCAAAGCUUCUGAGACCCCUCUGUGCAAUAAUAUGAUUUGCAGGGCAUUUCUGUUUGUGACAAGUGUUUUUAAUGUUUUCAUAGUUCAUUUGGAAGUAGUGAUCUGAUCAUUGCAACUAAUCCUCAUAAGUACCAGUGGUUGAAACUAUUUAGUUAACACUUGGGUUAUUUAAGGGUGCCGGUUCAUUCCAAGUCUUCCUGUGGAGCUCUUGGAAUACCUUAUUUGAAUAUAUCCAUCUUGAAAGGCACUUUCUUUUCACAAUGUUUAAAGGGAUAAUUUAUUUUCAUAUUAUGCCAAGAAUAUAGAGAUGACUGAGUAAGUGGUUGUGCCAGGAAACAUGACAACUUCAUACAGUCUAGCUUCUUAGGGUCUAAUGACAAACUUUGAAGACUUCAGCCUGGAACUGGCUGCUUGUUCCCUUAGGAGUGGUGGGCUGGUGUUCUGCCUGGUGGCUUUCCUAAGGCGGUGGUGUGAAACCGCCUGUGGGACACUGUGGCCCCAGCGAAGCUGACAGCUCAGGGUGAUUAGUCCAAGAGAACUAUUGAUUAUAUUAUUUCUGCUUGCUAGUUUUUCAUUAGUUGUACUUGGAAAGUGUUCCACAUUGGUAAUAAGUUUGAGUCUCAGAAUUUUUGGCUUUACCUUUAAAAUUCAAAGAAGGCAGAGCAGUAAGAAGUAUAUGAAGGUAGAUUUGCAUUACUUAGAUGUAUUUUUGGUGUCUGUUUUGGGUAUAUUUACAGCCAGCUAAGCCUACUUACAGCCUAUUUUUCUACUUGCUGAUAAAGUACUAUAAAGAGAAUGGGAGGAAAGUUAGUAUUGUAUUUCUAGGCUUUCAGUGAUCAGGCUGUGUGAGGAUGCUUAUUUCCAUCCCCUUGCAGGGCUACCUUGUGAGGCUGGGGUGCUGUAGCCAUCCUCCCAGCACUGGCAUGGACGUGGCUGAGGGACAUGUGGGUAGGGGUGAUAAGUUGGAUCUAGUUGAGGUACUGGCUUAGGCUCCUUCCUUGGCCAGUACUCUAGCUUUGUUGUUCCUGCUCCACAUAGUCAGUUUUGUGCCCCCAAAUAUGUGAAGCAUGGAGAAUCCACAGCCCUGCCUUUCUAACAAACACAUAUUUCCCACUAUUAUGAAAUAAUAUUUCAAACAUUUAUGUUUGUUAUUUUGUGUUAAAAGUUUCUAUUUUGUGUUUCAUGUCCUGCCCGUGCUAGUGUAUUUUCACAGUGGCAGGUCAGUACUGUAGCCCCUACUCUGUCCUCUGUUUGGUUCUAUUUUCCCCACAGUACACUCCAGAAAUACACCCCUGUUACACGGCCCAGCCAGUGACAGUGCUUUCACUGCAUGUCUCUGCUGGCUCCAUCUCUUGAUAUGUUCGUAUUUGUCUAGCUUGCCCUGUGAAGCCAGCUGCUAAGGAGAUGUAGCAGUUCCCACAGUCUGUUUUCUACCCAUUCCUAGAGGAAUUGUUAUCUACAGGGUGCUUGGCAGCUGGAGGGAAGUAUACUGAUUGCUUAGUCAUCUCUGGGAAAAUGUGAUGCAUGAGAAAGUUACUUCAACCAACAUAAUGUUGAUUUUACAUUCUAUAUCUGAAGAAUGGCUUUUGCUUUGAUUGUAAUCAUUAUUAGAGCUGUGGCUUUACUUACAAAAUAUUAAAAUCCAGUUUUACUGUA